UCUCAGAUCUUCUGCUUCUGCUUCUCUCAUCUCUCAAAUUCAGCUCUAAACAGAAUAACAUGGACGCCAUUGACUCAGUCGUCGAUCCCCUCAGAGAGUUCUCCAAGGACUCCAUCCGACUCGUCAAGCGCUGCCACAAGCCCGAUCGCAAAGAAUUCUCCAAGGUGGCGCUGCGGACCGCGAUUGGAUUCGUCGUGAUGGGAUUCGUCGGAUUCUUCGUCAAGCUCAUCUUCAUUCCUAUCAACAACAUCAUCGUUGGAUCUGUUUAGGUUAUGCUGAAGUCUGAGUAUGAUUGAUGAUAGGUGCAGCAACUUGAGAGUGUGAAGAGGAGGCAAUAGUGUUUACUUUUUAGUUCUCAUUGGGUUCUCUUUUUAAGACAUGUUUACCUUACUCUGUAAUACAAUGAAUCAUUAAGUUUCUAGUUUUUCAUAAUUGAGACCUUAA